AAAAAUGAAUGAGUAAAGGAGAUAUGUACAAAAAAUCCUACCUUGAAACACUGCUACAAUGGAUAUAACUGAAACUUAUGAUAGAAUCGUUGACGGUUGGGAAAGGGCAGAAACUAACAGUGGUGUUCCGUAUUAUAUUAGCCACACCCUACAGAGAACAACAUGGGACCACCCAUACUUACUGAAGAUAAUGGAAGAACUAGGGGAGUACAGUGCAAUCAAAUACGCAGCUUACCGAACAGCAUUCAAGAUUAGACAUCUUCAGAAGAGACUUCGAUUGCACCAGAUCAGUAUAUCGACUGUGAAAGAUGUGUUUGAGCAGUAUGGCUAUGCAGAGGGAUGCUUGAACGUCAUUGGCUGCCAGGAGAUUCAUGACCUUUUGACUGAGCUGUACAGUCGUGCCGACCAUGGAAUUGUGAUAGAAAUGGAGGAUGCUGAAAUUCACGCAGAGCUGCUACAGAACUUGAUGCUGAAUUUAUAUGAUGUAAACAGGAUAGGACGUGUGAAGGUCACCUCCCUGAAGCUACUGCUUAUCACUCUGUGUGCUGCCAAGUUAGCAGAGAAAUACAAAGCAUACUACCAUGAGCUCCAUGAUCCUAGUACCUACAUCAGCAGUAAAAGCUUCACCUGUUUUUUGGAGGAUAUGAUUCAGUUACCAGACCUGCUCCAGGAGAGUGGACUCUUUGGUCAAGAUGUGGCACCUGCAGUGGCAAGUUGUAUCCAGAUGAGUAAUGGUGGAGUGGGGAUAUCUGAUGAUAUGUUCUACAGCUGGUUGCUUCGUGAGCCACAGACGCUUGUUUGGCUUCCAACAUUUCACAGAACAGCAGCAUCUGAAUCAGUGAAACAUGAAUCAAAGUGCAACAUCUGUAAAAGCUGCCCAAUUGUGGGGUUCAGGUACAAAUGUUUGCUGUGCUUCAACUUUGACAUGUGUCAGAAUUGCUUCUUCACGGGAAGGACAAAGAAAAACCACAAGUUGAAACAUCCUAUACAAGAGUACUGCAUAAAGACCUCCUCCAAGGAAGACACCAAAGCCUUUUUUAAGACCAUGAGAAACAAAGUGAGCAAGAAGCAUCGACAGAAAGCCAAGCAGAAGUAUCUUCCACUGAUGUCUGAAAACCAGUACUGUCAGAAUAACUGGAGUGUCCGAGCAGAGCCACCAAUCCCUGAUGUGCACAGGAACCUGAUAGAAAAUGCGCAGAGACUAUCGGACCUGGAAAUACACAACUCAGACCAGUCCAGGUCCCCAGUAAAGGGAGUUUCCAACACCAGCAAUUCAUCUGACAACAAGGAAAAUGUAAUUGAGGUGGAUGAUUUGAAGAGACAAAGGGACGAGUUAGAAAGGGUAAUCAAAGAGCUGGAAGAGGAGAACAGACAACUUCAUCGUGAACUUAAAGACGUUCGUGAGUCCUCUGACACAGAGAGUAAUAUGUCUGGGGGAGAGAACCCAGCAAAGAAGACAAAGUUCAAAGUGAAAUCUGCACUGGACAAGAACCGCAGACACAGUAGUGGCCUUACUAUUGUGAAGGAAAAGCCCUUGUCAUCACUUGAGAAUACUUACGGACUACAGACAAGCAAUGUACCAAGUCCCAGCUACAAUGAUAGCAGAAUUUCUCGUCCACUUGUAGACAGCCGCAAUGCAACAAGGGAGGAAGCGAGUGUUCUGUAUUCCUCUCAUCGCUAUAACUCGCCCCCUGAGAGUGACACCUAUAACCCAUCCCCUCACAGCUAUCAGCCUUCCCCUCAAAGCUAUAACACUUCAUCUCACAGUAACAGUCUGUCAUCUAGACAUGACAGUACCUCACCAUCCCUUAGUCCCCAGACAACCAGCGUUGCCUCUCCUUUCACCUAUGAAUAUUCAUCACGUUUCCGCCAAGACCUGUCUCCAGGUGAGAGCCACUUCACUCCGCGAGCAUCUGAAGGAGCACCCAGCUACAUCGACAGACGUGAGCGAACAGGCUUUGACAGUCUUGACAACCUGGAUGUUAGUCCCUCUCACUUCACUCUCCCCUCCUUCGCCAACAGCAGAGCUUACAUGGAGGAGGAUGAUGUGGACCAGAUGCAGAUGGUGGAUAAAAUAUUUCCCAGUAAUCUCUCAUACUCGGCUUACUCCAUGUCUAAUGCAGGAACGAUGAAUGACCAUGAGGAAAUGCUCCAAGCUGCUUCCACUAUGGGGACAGUGACCUCUGACCUGUUCAGUGAAGCCAUCAUCCCAUUCUAUCAGUACUAGUUCAUUGACACAAUCUUUUAAAACCUGUCAAAACCUGUCAAAGCCUUGUCCAAACCACUUCAUGUCACAGACUUCAAAAACUUGAAAGCUUAAUCACAUAAUGGAGUGCCUUACCUAAACUUUGUAUGUAAAACUGCAUACAAGGAAUCGAAAUACAAUUUGUUUAUGGAGUCAAUAUAGAAUCUUAUGAUGUGUACCUUAAUAAUAGGUAUUAUUGUAUACUUGUUUAUAUAUACCAUUACUCAGAAAACUAUGUUAUGUCUCAUGUACUUGUGUGCCAUAUUAAACACAAACUUCUUUACCUUUAAAACAAUACAAGGAGUCACACACACUGAGCAUUGAAAACAAUAUACAACGAGUUGGUUACAGUUUGUUAAUGGAGUUGAAAUGGUUUCUAAUCAUGUCUGCCUAACUGUUUUAUAAAGAAAAAAAUCAGCCGCAAUGAAUGAUUAAAACCAUACAUUGGUAAAGUGUAUUUUUUAUUAUCUAUCUACAACAUUCAUCUGAUAACACUUAAUCUUCAGAAUUAAUAUGUACUUGAUGAUUUCGAGAAAAUUAAUCUUUGCCAUGGUGUUGUUUUUUGCUGUCAAAUAUAUAUAAAUGUAUACAUGUUCACUUAAAUUUUUUUAUUUUAACUUUUUGAUAUUUUAAGUCCCUUUAAAUGAGCAUAUUACUCACACAGUGUAUUGCUGUGUGAAGCUAGUCAAAUUAGAGGUCCCAGGAGUCAUUAUAGUAUACGGUUGUUGAGUGGUGCUAACAGUGGCGACCUGUUAUACAGAUACUGUGUUCAUACUUAUACAGUUUUUACAUGAUACAUAUGUACUUGGUGUUUAUCACUGAAUUCCAAUCAACCUUGAAAAUAUGCAGUUUUACCACUUUUUCAUAGAUCUUCAUUCAUGUAUGAUUAUUACAAUUUCACCAAAGAGCUGAUGUUAACAACAGAUUUAAAAAAAAGAUCUUGUUUCUUUAACUUGUAAUGAUACAAUUUGAUGAUGAUGCUGCUCUGUUGUCUAAUUCUAUGGUAGUUAGGAUUUUCUAAAGACGCUAUUUUGAUGUAACUGAGAAGAUAAAUUUCUUUUCUUAUCUUAUAUUGCCUGCCCUCAUUAAUUCAAAUGUUAAUAUUUUUAUUGCUGAACUUUUCAAAAUGCUUGGUAGUGCAGAUCAAUGCCGUAGUGUUUGGGUGUUUUUUGUAUAUUUCAUAUGGUGUGGAUAACUUUACUUAAAAUAGCAUCCAAAUGCCGAAUCUUUGCAUAUUAUCUCAUCACUGUAUGUCAUUGUCAGGUUCAUAUUCCCAAUUAAAAUGCAGAUACAUAUACAUGUAUACACACUCUAUGCAAAAGCCAAAAUUGUGUUCACACAUGUCCGUUCCUUAUUGAUCCAACAACUACAUAAAGGCAUUUUUUGAUUACAUGUAUAUAUAUCAUAUAUUUGAUAUGUAAUAUUAUAAAAUGUAUAUUUAAAAUGUAUAGAAAUGUAUUUAUGGAUGUAUGUCAUGAAAUAGGUUUAUGUCAUGUUCUGGAUUAAUGUCAUGAAAUAGGUUUAUGUCAUGUUCUGGAUUAAAGGCUAUUCCCAAAUAACAAGUUCAAUCUUUUCACAAAAUUGAAUUUUAUAACACCAUGAAUUGAAAUGAAAGAAAUAACUUGGACUCUGGGUUCAAUGUCCUGUUUUUUGUAUAGUUUCCAUAUGCAUGGUCAGUACUGUAAAUGGGGUCAAACUAAAGCUUUAUGCAGUAGAUAGAAAGUGUAUGUCAUGGUAUAAGUAAUCCUGUCUGUCCGUCCAUAAAAAAGUUUGUGGACAAGUUCUCUUGAACAUUUUUGUACAUGAUUGUUUAGUUGUACAUGAGAAUGACAUUUUUAAGUUGGAAGUGAUACAUGUGUAUUGGAUAAUUUAGAUAAAUGAGAUGCUGAAAUUGUUAACUAGCUUAAACAUUUUACAGUUCAGCUUUAACUUGUUGGUGUUGUGUACUUUGUGGAAAAAUAAAUGUUCUGUAUUGUUAUUUGCAAGUUAAUUAAUUUUGUCCGGAUGAAUUUUAGAUACAAGAAAGCUGAUGUUGAGUUCAUACAAAUUGAAAAUCUUUAUGAGGACAGGAAAUGCUGUCACAGGACUAAAUCACAUGUUUUAUACCUUUUGGUACAUUACUGUACAUUGCUGUCCUUAUAAUCUACUGAAAGAUUUAUUACUUUUGUAAUAUACUUGUAAAUUACUGUCUUGAGUUAUUGACAAAUUUGUUUUUCUUUUUUUUUUUUUUUUUGUGAAAUGACCACAAAAAUUGUUGUAUUUGCCAGAAGCUUUUGAUGAUCAAGUUGGAUCCUGGAACGAGAUAUUUGCAGACUUCACUUUCUCAUUAAAGAUCCAACAAUAGUGUUUACUUCAAAGAUAGUAGAUCUAUUUACUAGUUUCCUGUUCUCACAGUCUCUUGUGUUGUAAAUUUUAUCUGUGACAAAGGUUUUGGUUAUAUUUUUUCCGUGUGAUUUUGAACCUGUGUAGUUACCUGUUUACAUAGUUUAUAAAAAUGUUGUGGUUUAUUCGUGCAUACAUAUUAUACAGAAAUGAUAUGGUAAUCUUUUGUCUACAAAUGCCACUUUUUUUUUCCAU